CCCACCACCAGCUAUACCUGCCCUGCACUGUUUCGUGAUUGCUGUUUCCUUCUGCCCACUGACCCACCAUGAGUUGUAAAGGGACGAUGGCUGGUGGGGCCUCCGAAACCAAGCCCGCCACAGCUGAGAUCCAGGCCAUCGCUGACCAGGUCAAGUGCCAGCUGGAGGAGAAGGAGAACAAGAAGUACACCAUGUUUAAGGCUGUGGAGUACCAGAGCCAGGUGGUCGCUGGGACGAACUACUUCAUCAAGGUUCAAGUUGGAAACAAUGACUUCGUACACCUUCGAGUGUAUGAAAGUCUCCCACAUGAAAACAAGCCCUUGGCCUUGCACAGCUACCAGACCAACAAGACCAGGCAUGACAAGCUGGAGUAUUUCUAGUUCUGGAUUCUGGACUGUGCCCAUUGUCCAUGUGGUCUUCCGCCCUCUUUGGCUACGUGUCUAUAGACAAAAAUGAUCGAUGUCACUACCCUGUGCCCCUUCCUUGGAGGGGCUGCUCUGCACCAAGGUCGUGUCUCUGCUUCUGCCUUUGAAAUAGUGUGAUUUUUCUUUAAUCAAUGGUCUAACUAAAUUGUUUUCCAGGAGGGCUUACAUUAGCUCUAAAUACAUAUAUUUUAAAGCUUUUGCAAAUUUC